AUGCGUCUAAUUUUCGGAAUCGACGGUUGUUUCCUCAAGUCGGACAUGAAAGGACAGCUCUUAGCAGCAGUUGGUAGAGACGCAAACAACCAGAUAUACCCUUUCGCAUGGGCAGUAGUUCAAGUGGAGAACACUGAGAGUUGGUUGUGGUUCAUUCGUCUCCUAAAAACCGAUUUGGGCUUAGGAAACGGUGAUGGUUUCACUGUAAUCUCGGAUAGACAAAAGGGAUUACUCAAUGAUGUCAAUGAACAAUUACCAGAGAUUGAACACAGAAUGUGUGCGAGACACAUUUACGGUAAUAUGAAGAGGGCACAUCCGAAGAAGCCUCAGAUGAAAUCCAAGUUCUGGGCCGUGGUUCAUAGUUUCAAUGAAAGCGAUUUUAAGAUAAAUCUGGCAGAAAUGAAGAAAUAUGAUGUUGGUGUCUACGAGGCUUUCAUGAGUAGGAAUCCAAGAAACUGUAGCCGUGCUUUCUUUAAGACAACUUCGACUUGUGAGGAUGCACUCAAGAAGUUUAAGUUUUUUCCAUUCGCGACAGAGAAUGGAACAAAAGUUUAA